AUGUCAGGUUCAUCAACAUCACAGGAUCUUCCCAUAGCACUCCUGCCGCUCACAUUGCAACAACGUGAUGAGAUCGAUAGUAGAGUCUUACUUAAGGGCCAAGACCAGUCCCCCAUCCUGAAGAUUAUCAGUGAAGAUAAAGAGGACACCACAUCGUAUCUCUUGGACUACAUGCUUGUCUCGAUCAUGGAAAGAACUCUUUUGGCAGCCAGUAGAUUGCUCAAACGUAAACACUUGAAGGACAUCUUGACCUGGACAUGGCACAGGAGGAAACACUGCAGAAACACCCUCAACUACGGGAAAUCAUCCGCCACGCCUUCGCUGGAAACGCAGAAAUAUCUCAAAUACACCAAGCUAGCGAUACCGUGCGGCCGUCUCACGGCGAGAGACUUCUAUCUUGUCACAUCUACAGUCACAUCUCAGCCGCUCGUCGACAAGAUGAUUCCUAUCUAUUUUGAUGAUUCUGCCCUCGACUCUGAUGAUCUCAAUCGCGUCUCACAGAUGUUUAUUUCCGACAAAAAGGGCAAGAAUUGCCAUGAGCAUGACUUAGGGUUGGUCACUUGCACACAUGAUUCAAUCCAGUGCCUAUCGAAUAUCCCCUACAUCGCUCUUGUUCUCGACCUGAAUGUGAAACCGAAGUUUAACGCUACGUUCCCGGAGAAGGAGCUAAAUCACACCGAAACAAACCGAUGUCUGCGGAUCUACGCUUCUGGAAUAAGCAAAACCACAUUUCCAUUCUCGAGCCAACAUCCCGAAGUUGCGAGCCAGCUGCUGCGUGGGCUUGUCUCUCGGCAGAAGGAAACACCAUCCCAAACCACUCUCGAAGCCCUGGUCAAAUUUGGGAGUACCGAUAGGCUACUACGCAACUUGCAGUGGGAAUUACAAGAUGCAUGA